CCGUGGGCGAUUGGGCCAUUGGUACAGCUCUAGAGCUCCAGAUCUGGAUCGACUUGUUAUCCCCCCGGGGGUCAAUGCCUUUGCUUGCUGAGCCUAGGGAAUGAUUGAUCUACAAGACGAGAAGCAACCCCAGUUUUGCUCCUAGCUCCUAGCUAGUAGUAGCUGCUUUCUCCUCCUCCUCCAAUCUCCAGAAAUCUUCUUGCUCGCAUACUCGGAAAUGGGCGGAUACGAGUUCCAGAGGGCGGAGCUAGAUGCACUGGAAGGCGUCCUACGCGAUGCAAGCGCGGAGCCAAUGAGUCUGACGUUGCCGCUUCUCAGGCACAUAACCAAUGAUUUCUCCCCUGAAUCUCAAAUUGGUCAAGAUAAUUCUGCACUGGUUUACCUGGGGGUGCUUCCAAGUGGGUGCCGUGUUGCUGUAAAGAAGUUGCAGCUUCAUCAUUGCUUGGAUGAUGAAAAUGAAGAUGCAUUUUUAAUAGAAUAUAACAAAAUGAAGGAUACAUUUCAAAAUGAAGUUUCUGCUGCAAUGAAGCCUUCUCACAAGAACACAGUGCGACUCAUAGGCUACUGCCAUCACACACAAGAGCAAAUUGUCGAAUACGAAGGAAAACAAGUUUUCGCAGGGGUCCUAGAAAGAUUGAUCUGUACGGAGUAUGUGCCUGACGGAACCCUUUGUGGACAUAUCGAAGGUAUGAUUUCUACGGAAAUGGAUGGGUACGAGUUCCAAAGGGCAGAGCUAGAUGCACUGGAACGCGUCGUACGCGAUACAAGUGCGGAGCCAAUGAGUCUGACGUUGCCGCUUCUCAGGCACAUAACAAAUGAUUUCUCCGAUGAAUCUGAAAUUGGUAAAGGUGGAUUCGCAGUGGUUUACCUGGGGGUGCUUCCAAGUGGGUUACGUAUUGCUGUCAAGAAGCUUAGCGAAACUUAUUUGAAUGAUUGUGCAUUUCAAAAUGAAGUUUUUAUCACAAUGAAGGCCACUCACAAGAACACAGUGCGAUUCAUGGGCUACUGUAUUCAAUCACAAGGUGAACUCGUCGAACACAACGGACAACAUGUUUUCGCACAGCUCGCGGAAAGGUUGAUCUGUGUGGAAUAUGCGCCUAAAGGAACCCUUGAUGCACAUAUCGGUAAGUAUGGUGAACUUGACUGGAACCAGCGUUAUCAAAUUAUAAAAGGAAUUUGUCAGGGUUUGCAUCAUCUCCAUGACGAAAUGCACGUUGUUCACAGAGAUAUCAAACCAGCCAAUAUAUUAAUAGGGGAUAAUGCUGUGCCUGGUAUCUCACACCUUUUAUUCGCAGAUGACAGCCUGUUAUUUUUUAAAGCUAACAGCGAUCAGGCUAAUAAGGUAAAGAACAUCCUGGACAACUAUGAGAGAGCCAUUGGACAGCUAAUAAGUCCAUCUAAAUGCUCCCUGCUCCUUGGAAACAAAUGCUCACAAGAAGAUGGACAGGACGUAAUAAAUAUCCUGAAUGUAGUAACGGUGACUUUUGAGGAGAAAUACCUGGGUUUGCCGGUUCCAGAAGGACGUAUGGUAAAAGGGAAAUUCAAGCACACAAAAGAUAAAGCGAGGAAAAGAAUGAAUGAUUGGACAGAAAAAUAUUCUUCCAGUGGAGCUAAAGAGACACUAAUUAAAUCAGUGGCCCAAGCGAUUCCCACUUUUGCAAUGAGUGUCUUCAAGUUCUCAGCAACCCUCUGUGAGGAGCUCAUGCACAUGACCAGAGACUUUUGGUGGGGAGAUGAUGAAGAUCGCCGACGUAUCCAUUGGUUGAGUUGGGAGAAACUUACAAAACGUAAAAGCCAAGGAGGUAUGAUAUUUCAAGAAGAAGAAACUGAAUGUAUUGUCGAAGAAGUCUACGGAACAAUGGGAUAUAUGGCACCGGAGCUACGUGUUAAGGGUAUGGUGUCAUUUAAGGCUGACAUAUACAGUUUCGGCCUUGUGAUCGUGGAGUUAUUGACCGGGAUGAAAGGAUAUAUUAAUGAGGAUACACUUAAGGAUUUGAGAAAAAGAUUGGUAAAAGAAGGAGCGUUUUCAUCAUGGGAAAACAAAUACCACCAAGUUAGAACAUGUCUGGAGAUUGGGCAGGACUGCAUACAAUACGACCCAGAUAAAAGGCCCACUUUGUUGGAGAUUAUCCAGCGGCUUAAUGAAGCGGAAGAUAUGAACUAUUCUGCAGAACUUUGGCAGUCAGGAGAUGAGGAAUCCGACUUAUCGGAUACAGAAGCUUUGGAGACAGAGACAACAGCCGAGUUCCUUCCAAGUGACGAGGAACCCGCCUCUGCAGACACGACGGGAGAAACAAGCACAGAGGAGCCUGAUAAAGCAGACCUAGUAAGUAAGUUGCCAGUGUCGGUGGACCUGUCAGACCUAACAGUCCUGGAGGAAAUCACAGAUGAUUUUUCACACGAAAGAAUAGUUGGGAAGGAUGGCACGUUCAGAGGUUCUCAUAAGGCAUUUGUUUAUAAGGGCGACGUUCCACGGCGAGAAAUGGUAGCUGUGAAGAGGUUAAUUGGAGUAGCAAUUCCAGUUGAAAAGUUUAAGAGGGAGGCAGAGCAGUUCAUGAGUUUGGAUCACAAAAAUAUAGUAAAGGUGGCCGGCUACUGCCACGACCAAUCUAGAGGACAUAAGCUGGUACGGUUCAGAGGAGAUGCACCACCACAAGCCAUUAAAGGUCCUGAACAAUUACUCUCCUAUGAAUAUAUGCACAACGGAAGUCUUCGCAACUAUCUUAUUGGUCAAGGAUCUCGUGAAAUUGAUUGGCAAAAGCGCUAUAAAUUGAUCAAAGGGAUUUGCGCAGGCUUACAUUACCUCCACAAGGGUCGUGCAAAUUGUCCAAUUGUUCAUUUGAAUUUAAGCCCGUCAAAUGUAUUGUUGGACGAGAACUACAUACCACGCAUCACAGGGUUCGAUUUUUCCAAGCUCAUUGGUGAAAAGAACACCAAAUCCGUGGUACUUAAGCUGAAUGGACCCAUAGCUUACCUGCCACCGGAUUUCCUGCACUCCAAGGGUCCUGACCUCAAAUAUCUAGCUACGGUAGACAUAUACAGCUUGGGUCUUAUCAUUCUAGAGAUCGUAACGCAGCAAGAGAUCAAAGGCAACCAUGGAGUGCUUAUUAAGAGCAUAGAGGAAAACUGGAGGGAAGAGUCACAAAUAACACGGUUGUAUACCUCACUAGAAGCUGACGAACUGCAGCAAGUAAAAAUGUGCAUUGAUAUUGGCCUAUACUGCGUCCAGUCAAAGCCUGAAAAGAGACCUACGGCUGAGGACAUCAUGCUCUGGCUUGAUAAAGGGAUCAAACCAGUCCCAACCCCAAGAGCAGGUGGAGGAGUGUCAAGACCUACAGUCUCAGUUCCAAGGGCAGGUCCAGGAGUGCCAAGACCUCCUGUCCCCACUAAUAUCACCCAUGCAGAUGACCGCAUCCAAGGAAACGAGAAGCCGGCGGGAUUCAUAAAACGAAUCUUCAGAAGAAAGUAGCCACCUGAGGGAGGAGGAGAAUUCUUUGAAGCGGGCGGGAUUCAUGAAGCAAUUCAUUCCUGGUGAAAAUUAUACUAGAUGGUUCAGCAAAGCUCGUGGUGAAAAUUAUAUGAUGGUUCAACAAAGCUCGUGGUUGUUACUGUUGGAUAAGCAACGCUGGCUUGGGACAUCACAUUGCGUGGUUUUUUGUAGACCGAGCUACGUGGUACCUCCUAUCUAUACCAUUCAAUGAGCUGUCCUGUUUUCUAGAGAUUUGUGCAAAAGCUGACUAGUUUUACAGGGUUGAGUAAUUUGUUACGCAAAUCUAAAGCUGACCAAUUUUGUUGGCAUCUGAC